AUGAAGUGGCUUCUUGCUCUCGUUCCGCUCGUUGCUGCGGCACCAGCCCUUCCUUCAUUCGAGUCUGACGAUGCUCCUGACCCAGGACAGGUGAAAAUCCUGAAGGUCGGCACUGGCGGUACUGGAUGCCCCCAGGGCUCCGUCAGCACUAUCAUUUCUGACGAUCGAAGUGUCGUUACUUUGGUCUACGAUUCCUAUGUCGCCUCCAUUGGCCCCAGCAUUGCCGUCACUGAACAGCGCAAAAAUUGUCAGCUCACUCUUGAGCUCGAGUACCCGGGUGGCUUCCAGUACUCCAUUCUGAGUGCUGACUAUCGUGGAUAUGCAAACAUCGAGAAGGGCGUCACCGGCACCCUGAAGUCGACCUACUACUUCGCAGGCAAAGCCCCUCAGACUAGCACCGAGUACACCUUCAACGGUCCGGUCACUGGCGACUACCUCAAGCACGACGAAGCAGACAGCACCUCCGUUGUGAUGUCGCCUUGCGGCAGCAAGGGCAACAUGCUGAACAUCAACUCUCAGGUCCGCCUGACCUCCACCAACUCGAAGGCUACCGGUCUGCUGACCACCGACUCUACCGACCUCAAAUUCAAGCAGGUCGUUUACGUGCAGUGGAAGAAGUGCACUGGCAGUGGCUAA